AUGGACUUCCUCAAAUCUGCCAUCGGGUCAGCCAUCGCAAAGGGUGGUGGCCUUCCAUUCUCUCUCGGUGACCGAGUAGACAUUGGCGACUCGGUCUGGGCUUUGCACAGUGGUACAAAACGGGACGACGGCUCGACGUGCAGUGUCUUCGUAUUUGAUAUUCAUGCAAACAAAUCACGCCUUCCUCUCGCGAAAAAUGCAGUGCGCAAGUCCCGAACCUUGCGGCACCCCGGUGUAAUCAAGGUCUUGGACACGAUUGAGACCGAACAUACUCUGUACAUUGUCACGGAGCGGGUUGUACCUCUGAGCUGGCCGGUGAAGAGACGGAGCAUAAAUGAAGAGACUGCCAAAUGGGGUCUACACACUGUCGCGUCUACUCUGAAAUUCAUAAAUGAUGACGCCUCUUCAGUUCACGGUGCCGUGCGAGCAUCCUCGGUGUUCACAAGUGAAAGUGGCGAAUGGAAGCUCGGAGGGUUUGACGUCCUAAGCUCCAUGAAAGAGGAAGAUGCGAUCAUCUACACCUAUGGCAGUAUUGUGCCUGAUGCUGCUCGUUAUACCCCACCCGAGGUCGUGAAAGGCGGAUGGGACACUAUUAAGCGAAAUCCUUUGGCGGCAGUUGAUGCCUAUGGCCUGGGAAUACUAAUAUUUGAAGUGUUCAACGGCAGCUUUUCAGGCGGCGAUCAAGUUGGGAAGACAACGAACAUUCCUCCGACUAUGCAACAGAGUUAUAAGCGUCUUUGCACAGCAAACCCUAAGCUGAGACUCAGCCCAGGACAUUUUGUUGAACAAGGAAAGAAGCAUGGUGGCUUCUUCCAAACACCACUGAUUCGAUUGACCGAAGACAUCGAAAGCCUAGGGCUCAAGGAUGAUGACGAGCGCGAAAAAUUUAUCAAUGAACUCGAUAACCUCUCAGAAGACUUCCCAGAGGACUUUUUCAAGAUGAAAGUUUUACCAGAGCUGCUCAAGUCCGUUGAAUUUGGUGGCGGCGGUCCCAAGGUCCUUAGUGCAACUUUGAAGAUUGGGGCAAAACUUUCAGCAGAGGAGUUCAAUACUAAGCUGACUCCCACUAUUGUGCGCCUAUUCGGAAACCCUGACCGUGCUAUACGGAAGGUUGUCAAUGAUAAGAUCUUCCCUCAAAUGACUUCGGGUUUCACCGAUAUUGCACCUGUGGUGCGAGAACAGACAGUGAAGGCUGUUCUUACAAUCAUCAACAAACUCAACGAUAGGGUUAUUAAUGGAGAGCUUCUGAAAUUCCUGGCUCGCACCGCGAACGAUGAGCAGCCGGGUAUUCGAACCAACACAACAAUUUGCCUCGGUCGAAUUGCUAAGAACUUAGGGCAAAGUACCCGCUCCAAAGUGCUUAUUGCGGCAUUUACGCGGGCCAUUAGAGAUCCAUUUAGUCACGCUCGAGUCGCAGGACUUCUAGCGCUCUCUGCCACGAUUGAUGUGUUCACGGAGGAUGACUGCGCCAGCAAGAUUUUGCCCGCUAUCUGCCCUUCACUCUUGGACAAAGAAAAAUUAAUUCGUGAUCAAGCCAACAAGACAUUCGAUAUUUACGUUCUGCGCAUCCGAAAGUUUGCUGGAACUAUGGCUGACACCGUGAUACCACCCUCCGCACCGACAGAAACCCACAGGUCUGAUCCCCGUGUUGGUACCCCGAGCGACAGUUCCUGGGCCGGGUGGGCCAUCUCAUCCUUUACCAACAAAAUCUCGACUGCCCAUGGGGAGAUUGAACCCACAGAAAAUACCACCAAGCCCGCAGAGCCAGAUGCUAGACGCUCUACUUCAGCUCCUCGUCCCACACAGCCAAACCCGCCGGCUCAAAUCCACAAGCCAGCUCUCCGCCCUGCAGCCCAGCCCUUGAAUCGGUCUAUGUCAGAUCGCCCUGCCCCAGUGGCUCAUAAUGAGGAACCGGAGGAAGAGGGAGAUGAUGUAUUCGAUGCCUGGGGUGCCAUGGACGACGAUGAAGCGGAUGUCGAUCCUUUCACGGCUGCAGUCUCCUCCCCAAAGCCGUCGUCCCCCGCCCCCGCGACCAGCAAGGCCCCAGCGGCUCCAUAUGAUGAUGGCGGUGAGCCUGACUUCGCCGGCUGGUUAGCCGCGAAGUCCCAGACCAAGGCAAAGAACCCCCUUCCAAAGGGGUUGACAAAGGCGGCGUCGACAAAUACCGUCACGACCCGGGCCACGGCCCCUGCCGCUAAGGCUCGGGCCGUGGUUGCCCCAAAGAAGAUCGACACCAAGCCCAAGGAAGAGGAGGGUGACGAUGACUGGGGUGAUGCAUGGGACUGA